AUGACGGCGUACACGAUGCUGUUGCUGGUGGCGGCGGUCCUGAUUGGUCACUUGGUGGAGGCCCGGGAGAUCAGCAGGGUCCGUCGCGAUGCUGACUUGGAGAUGGCGGCCUCGGGACACCACUACGAGAAGGGUGGAGGAGAGGAAGAGCACUCCGACCACCAUUCCCACCAUGGGGAGAAGGGAGACAAGGGAUACAAGGGCCACCAUCAGCAUGAGAAGGGCCAGAAAGGACACCACGACAAGGAGGGUCACUCGGGCCACUACGAGGAGGACGAGGGCCACAAGAAGCACCACCACCACGACGAUGGCUACUACGCGGAACACCAUAAGGGCGAGAAGGGGGAGAAGGGUCACAAGUACGGGGAGAAGGGACACUUCUCCAAGGGCCACAACACCAAGGGACACCACGAGGUGCACAAGCUGGACGAGUACAAGAAGGACAAGGAGUUCUACGACGAACACCACGACCAUGGGCAUCACGAGAACCACGGAGGCCAUCAUCACGAGCAUGGCCACAAGAAGGGUGGCCACCACAAGAAGGGCCAUCAUCAUCAUGGACACCAUGAAGAGGACCAUGGCAAGAAGGGACACCACGAGAAGGGACAUCAUCAUCAUGAUCACAAGGGACACAAGGGCCACGACGGACAUGACGAACACCAUCAUCAUCACAGCAGCCAUGGGAAGAAGGGCGGCCACGAAGACCAUAAACACUGGUCCUUCAAGAAGGGACACUGA